AUGAUGCCACGUACCGCUCUCUCCAUCUACAUCAACCAUUUCGUCCAACCCGAUAACAUCAUAGCGAUCCCGAACUUGAUCGAUUCCAUCCGAUCAGAAUAUAUAGAUCAAAUAUCCAAAUCCAAAAAAUUUGAUAAACCAUUGAAAGCCCAAAUGAUCAAAAAGUUGGAAAAAUUCAAAACGGACAUUGGAUCCCACGGAAUUGGAUUCUCGGAGAACAAUUUGUUGGAGAGGGUCAUAAUCCAUAAUAGGCAAUCUUUUUACAAAGUCAUCACACAAUUUAACACUCAAAAUAUGCAAGAGGCUCUUUUAUCAAUUGCUCACGAUAAGACAAUCAAAAUCUACGCUCUUAUGAAAACCCAACCACGAUUCGAUGUCAGCUACCCAUCAGCUGUCCAGUAUGGAAAAGGAGGUCAUGACGUGGCGUCCGAUAUGUCGGUUAUUCUGAAAACGUUGGGAAAAAAUGCCACGAAAAGUUUUGGCAAAUGUCUUCUAGGACAUAGUCAUGAUGCUAACAUUCUUGUGGAUUUCAUGGGCAUGAAAGUGGCAUGGGACAAGUAUCGAAAAUCGAAAAAGCCAGAGGAGUUGCAAUUACCUGAAUUUGAUUAUGCCACCGGCGAUCAACUCUUCUUCUAUUCUAUGAUCCAAUCCACGUGUCAAAAAAAGACUACAAAGAAUACGGUAUCCCAUGGAAAUCGACUCAAUUUCCUUCUUCAACAAAUUGAAGGAUUUGGAGAGGCUUUUAACUGUCCGGCUGGGGCAAAUAUGAUGAAAAAGAAGUUGAAAUGCGAACCGAAUGAUGAUUUGAUGAUGAUUUGA